AAGCUGCACACCUUUCGCAGGACCCUGAAUGUCGUGCAGCCUCUGCUCGGUGGUUGCCUCGCGCUCCCCAAUGGCCGGGAGUUGACGCCUUCCAGCACGAUGAUGCUGCGCGAGCAGCUGAGGGAGAAGAUAUCUGUGGCUUUCUAUCGCCACGGACUGUUGUGUGCCACCUACCCCGUGCCCAUCAUCCUCUUCACCUCAGUCAGCAUCCUCACCUGCUGCUAUCCGUUACUGAGGCUCCCGCUCCCCGGAACAGGUCCUGUGGAGUUCAGCACAAGUGUGCGGGACUACAGUGUUCCUACCCACGGGCCUCUCGUAGAAGUCGGAGAACGUCCUGACUGGUACCAGGGACCUCCGGUGGCAUACAUCCAGCAAGUGUUGGUGAAGGCGGCGGUGUCGCCAUGGGACAACAGCCUGGUGCCAGUGGACGUGUUUCGCUCGCCGCUGGGGCGAGUCUUCAGCCUGCUGGACGAGAUCCGCAACCACGUGCACGCCGACAGCGGCUCGGGCGUUCGCAGUCUGGAGUCGCUGUGCCUGCAAGUGACGGACUUGCUGCCGGGUUUGCGGCGGAUGCAGUCGGUGCUGCCGGAGCAUGGCUGCCUGUUGGUGUCGCCCGCCAACUACUGGCAGAACCAACGCGAGCUCUUUGAUGCUGACCCCAACCCCUUAAAGACCAUCCAGAAACACGAGCCCAAAGGCCUGCACACCUCUGCCACGCUCAGAGACCUCCUGUUCGGUGUUCCAGGGAAGCUCACAGGUGUGAGUCACUACAACAGGAAGAGGGUAGUGACUUACACCAUCAGCAUGGUGCUGUCCAGUUAUGACCCAAGGUUCCUGGGCAGCCUUCGCGCUCGUCUGAACCAGCUCCACCCAUGCACCAAUUGCAGCCUGAAGAACGAGCGUGUGGUCCACGUGCACUUCAAGGAGGAGAUCGGUGUGGCAGAGCUCAUCCCGCUGGUCACCACCUACAUCAUCCUCUUCGCCUACAUCUACUUCUCCACACGUAAGAUCGACAUGGUGAAGUCGAAGUGGGGUCUAGCUCUGGCUGCUGUAGUCACUGUGCUGAGCUCACUGCUCAUGUCGGUUGGUCUGUGCACGCUCUUUGGCCUCACGCCCACUCUCAACGGAGGGGAGAUCUUUCCAUACCUGGUGGUGGUGAUUGGUGUGGAGAACGUCUUGGUCCUCACUCAGUCUGUGGUGUCCACCCCCGUUGAUCUGGAAGUCAAGCUCCGCAUUGCUCAGGGCCUGAGUAACGAGAGCUGGUCCAUCAUGAAGAACAUGGCCACUGAAUUGUGCAUCAUUCUCAUUGGCUACUUCACACUUGUGCCAGCCAUCCAGGAGUUCUGCCUAUUUGCUGUGGUGGGCCUGGUGUCUGACUUCUUCCUGCAGAUGUUCUUCUUCACCACCGUGCUGUCUAUAGACGUCCGCCGCAUGGAGCUGAUGGACCUGCAUGGGCACAUCCGUACCGAGGAUCGGCUGCCGGCACCAAAGCCCUCACCUCUGCGCACACGGACGGCGCCCGCUGCCCCACGGCCCCUUCCUCACACCAUUACCCUACAGCCCCCCACUAGGAAUUUGCGUCCCCCCAAGAGGUUGCGACUGGUUUACUUCCUGGCUCGUACGCGCCUGGCUCAGCGCAUCAUCAUGGUCAGCACGGUGAUCUGGAUCGGCAUUCUGGUCUAUACCGACCCGGCUGGGGUGCGCACUUACCUGGCUGCACAGGUGUCAGAGCAAAGUCCCUUGGGAGACGACGGGGGCGGAGGCCUGAACCCUCACCUGGAGGUGGCGCCUGUCUUCCGUGGAGGAGACCCGACCAGUACACUCACUGACCGCCUGGCACCGGACCCGACGCCCUUACCUGAAGACCAACCGCAGGGCCCCCCUGGCUCCAGGGCAGAACCACUCCCCCAGUCCUCACCGGCUGCACCCCAGAUCACCUGGGGUGCUGAGGACGAGGAGGGAUGGAGGAGACUUUCCUUCAGACACUGGCCUUCACUCUUCAGUUACUACAACAUCACUUUAGCUAAGAGGUACAUCAGCAUUUUGCCCGUCAUCCCUGUUGCCAUUCACCUGAGCCCCCAGGAAGCCAUUGAAGCGCGCCACCCUCAGGACACCCAGCAACCUCUUCUGCCCAUUCCCAAGGUGUCGGCAGAUCUCCAGACAGACCUGACUCUCUACAAGGUAGCAGCGCUGGGCCUGGGGGCAGGCGUUCUGCUUGUUCUGCUGCUCCUGUGCCUCUACCGACUUCUGUGCCCGCGAAACUACGGCCAGAAUGGUGGGCGCCGGCGCAGAGGGGACCGGCCCUGUGAUGGCUACGGAUACUGGCCGCCCGUCAGCGAGAUCUCGCCGCUCCUGCUGCGGGGCCACAGCAUGGACAUCGAGUGUCUGGCGAGUGAUGGAAUGCUGCUGGCCAGCUGCUGCCUUGCCGGACAGAUUCGGGUUUGGGACGCACAGACGGGAGACUGCCUGACCGUCAUUCCCAAGCACGGGCUGAGGCGGAGCAGCAGCAGCGGCUGCUGGGAAAACUUUGGCUCAGAGGGUCCUGACCUCUCCCUGAGCGGCGACAGCCUGUCUGAGGACGAGGGCUACCAGGUGAGGCACCGCACCACACCGAGCCGGCCGCCCCUCUUCAAAGACCAGCCGGACCUGACGCCGCUCAUCGACACCAACUUCACCUCCACGCCGGCCUGCCCCCGCGCCCCGCCGCCCACCAGGGAAGGCUUUGACUAUGGCGACCUGGUGGCGGACGCGUACAUGGCGCACGAGCCGCCCUCGCCGUCAAACUUCUUCUCCCCCUCAUCGUCCUCUCCGCCCUCCAGCAUGCUGCCCCACAGCCGCCCAAGCUUCGGGGACGCCUGCGACCUGAUGGCCCCGGACUUGAGUGACGGCUCAGUGUGGGCGCUGGAGCUUAGAGGCAAUCUCAUAGCUGCUGGGCGGAGCAAUGGAAAACUGGAGCUUUGGGACACCACCGACGGCCGUUUGCGCUGCAGCAGCGAGGGCGAGGGUGCGUCCGGCAUCACUGCGCUGGUUUUCCUCAACAACAGAAUCGUGGCAGCGCGUCUGAACGGCUCUCUCGACUUCUUCAGCGUGGACGUCAACAAACCUCUCGCUUUGCUUCAGUACCGAGGUACUCCGGGGCGGGGUGGCGUCCCCACGUCUCCCUGCUACAGCAGCGAGGAUGCCAUCAGUUGCCAGCUGACGCGCUCGGUGCAGUGCGCCCACCAGAAGCCCAUCACAGUGCUAAGGGCCGCCGCCGGCAGGGUGGUCACCGGCAGCCAUGACCACACCGUGCGGGUUUAUCGUCUGGAAGACUCGUGCUGCCUCUUCACGCUGCAAGGCCACUCGGCAGGCAUCACCGCUGUCUACAUUGAUGAGACGAUGGUCCUGGCAAGCGGCGGCCAGGACGGCGCCAUCUGCCUGUGGGAUGUCCUGACGGGAAACCGUGUCAGCCAUGUUUUUGGUCACCGUGGAGACGUCACCUCCCUGGUGUGCACACCACUCUGCAUCAUCAGCUCGGGUUUGGAUGACCUCAUAUGCGUAUGGGACAGAAGCACUGGCAUCAAACUAUACUGUAUACAGCAGGAGGUCGGCUGCGGUUCCAGUCUGGGUCUGAUUUCUGACUCUUUGCUGGUGACUGGCGGUCUGGGCUGCGUGUCCUUCUGGGACCUGAACUAUGGAGACCUGAUCCAGACUGUAUACUUGGGCCCGAGUAGCGACGGUCAGGGCGUGAGGCAGCUACUAGUCCUCAACAAUGCCGCCAUUGUGUGCGACUUUGGAAGCGAGCUCAGUCUGGUCUUCGUACCGUCGGUUCUGGAAAAACUGGACUGAGGUCUGCGAUCUGAUCUUUGAUAUGACGCCCUGUAUGCUGCUAACCUGGAAAAACUCAGCCCUCCCUCUUAGAAAGACAAAACUGUCAUUUAAAAAGAAAAAAAAGCAAGAGGGGGGGAAAAAAACCUGCUGCCUUGUUUGCAUCAUCUGUGAACAUGUGAACUGCUGCCAACUAUGUCCACCUAAGGAGGUGCGGUGUUUAUGUACACAUCAAUUAUUUAUUAUAUGUACUUGAGAUCUUUAUUAUGGAACCCAGAAGACAACUACCGUAAUUUCUCGUGUAUAAUGCGCAUUUCCCCCCUGCCCCCCCCCAAAAAAAAUUGUCAAAAGUCCAUAGUGCGCAUUAUACAUAGGUAUAGGGGCAAAUGGAAAAAAAACUUUCACAUUUUAUAAAUGUAUGCCGCCAUCUAGUAGUUAUGAAAAAGCUGUACACUUUCAUUCCAAAAUGUCACCGCCACUUAGUGGUUAUAAAAAGGUGUAGCCUACACUUUCAUUCCAAUAUGACGGGGUGCGUAUGUAUUUCGCCUGGUCCUUUACCUUUUACCCAUCUUACAAAUCCUGCCCGGGUAUUCAAACAUAUAAGCACAACUGUGUGUUUUCUCAUUUACUAAAUAAAAGUAGGGCUGUGAAUUUCAAAAUAAGAGCAAGUACAUUUAAAAAAAAAAAUGGAUUACGUGUUCAAAUAAAGUGCUUAACUUCAGAGUAAUUCUUUAAAAAAAACUAAUAAUACUUCGUUUUGAUCAUAUGGGUAGAAGCAAAAUCAUGCAUUGUAAAAAUGCACUCUCCAUAGGUAGAAGGGUUUUUACAGAAUUUUGAGGUCAACUUUGAGGGUGCGUAUUAUACAUGGGUGCACAUUAUACACGAGAAAUGACUGUACUUAUUUUUACGUUGCGUGUACGACCUAUAACAUACGCUUCAAGAUGCGUAAAUUGUGCUCACAACGUAUUAAUUUGUAUGAGAUUCAUAAGGCAUGGGUGCGACUUAAUGAGUUGCACACUUAAGGUGCAGGUUUGGUUUACAUAUCUAACAUCGACUAAAUUGUCCUCGCGACGAACGAAAAGUGGGUAUAAGACUGAGCAAAUUGCGCAUGCGAGAAGGGUGCGGGUGCGACUUACGAAGUUGUGCAGGCAAGAUAUUAGAAGUACAGGUACAAUUUACCAAUCUGUGUGUGUGUGUAAGAUAUAGUUAAUGGUGUGCACUUACAGUUGAAACCAGAUGUUUACAUAUACUAUAUAAAAAGACUUACUUUUUUUCCUCACUAUUGGACUAAACCUUUCAUGUUUUAGGCCAAUUAGGAUUACCAAAAUUAUUUCAAUUAACUAAAUGCUAGACUAAUGAGAGAAGGAUGUUUUUAGGCAUUUUUUCAUUACUUUCUUCAAAGUCAAACGUUUACAUACAGUAAGAUGACUGUGUCUUUAAACAGUUUGGGAAAACAUAGUGUCAUUUUUUUGUAAGCUUUUGACAACAUUUAACAUGCACACAGACACGCACGUAUCGAUGUAUUUGAACUAGGCACUACUGAAAUGCAAAGCUUCUUUGUGUAACAUCAUCGGAAAGUCAAAAGAAAUCAUAUAAGACAUCUGAAAGAGAACUGGACAAGUUUGGUUCAUCCAUGGGUGCAAUUUCCAGAUGCCCCAAAGUUGCCAGAUUCAACUGUUCAAACAAUUAUACACAAGUAUAAACACCAUGGGAAUGUCCAGCCAUCACACCGCUCAGGAAAAGAGACUGGUUCUAUGUCUCAGAGAUGAACAUGCUUUGAUUCAAAAUCUGCAUAUCAACCCAAGAACCAAAGGCAAAAGAUCUUAUGAAGAUUCUGGCUGAAGUUGGUAAGAGUGUCAUUUUCCACAGUGAAACGACUACUGUACCGACAUGGGUGGAAAUGCCACUCUACCAGGAAGAAGCCAUUACUCCCCAAAGCAUAAACAAAGCUAGAUUACAGUUUACAAAUGCAUAGAGGGCCAAAGACCUUAAUUUUCGGAGAUGUCCUGUCGUCUGAUGAAACUAAAAUUGAAGUAUUUGGGGGGGAGGGGGGGUGCGCGACAUCAUGUUGUGGGGUUGUUUUUCUCGUGGAGGGACUGGUGCACUUCACAACAUUGAUGGCAUCAUGAGGAAAGAACAUUAUGUGGAAAUAUUGAAGCAAAACAUCAAAUGGGUCUUCCAAAUGGCCAAUGACCCGAAGCAUACUGUGAAGUUCGUUACAAAGUGGCUUAAGGAUAACAAAGUCCGCGUUGUGGAGUGGCCAUUACAAAGUCCUGACCUUUAGCUAUUGAUAAUUUAUGGGGAGACUUGAAAAGUCACGUGUGAACAAGGCGGCAUACAAACUUGGCUCAGUUACACCAGUUCUGUCAGGAGGAAUGGGCCAAAAUUCCACCCAACUAUUGUGAGAAAGGAUAUCCAAAAUGUUUGACCAAAGUCAUACAGUUUAAAGGCAAUGGUACCAAACACUAAUGAAAUGUAUGUAAACUUUGAAGAUCCCCUCAUUAGUCUGGCAUUUAGCGUAUAGAAAUUAUUUUGGUAAUCCUAAUUGAUCUCAAACAGGAAAAGUUUAAUCUGAUUUCAUGUUGCAGUUAGGGAAAAAAAGCAUGUCUACGUAAAUAUCUGGUUGCAACUGUAUUUAGCGGUUUAGCUACACCAUAUGGUGCCCAAAGUGCUUUACAAAACAUCACAUUCAUAGACUGUGAAAGGCGUGUGUGGGACUUACACUUGCGAGAUAUGCAAGGCGCAGGUAAGUUGCUACUGUGCCUCACGAAUCUCGUGCGAAACUUGCAAAGUUGCAACCGCACCUUUAUAAAUCUUGUGUGUUACGCUUCAUAAGUUGCACACGCGCUUUAUGACUCAUGCAUGAAACUUGGUAAGCUGCACUGUUCGUAUCUUGCAACUGCAACUUAGUAAAGUGCCACACGCAUAUAACAAAUCUCACACAUGAGAGUUGUAAGGCGCGUGCGCAAUUUACUAAAUUGGGUGCGAGGUACGAAGUGUGCGGGUGUGACGCGGUCUCCCGGGUUGCAUACUUUAUUGUGGCGGGAUGUAGUUUAACUGGAAGCUGCAGUACGCACGUCAUGUUUACGCGACGACGUCCGGUUGAAACUGAGGUCACGGGCUGCUUCUUCGUCCUUUUAGCGCAGGGGUGGGCAACGUAUGGCCUGCUCCCUUCUUUAAUCCGGCCCACCCAGUUGUUACAUUAUAAAGAGUCCCUUGAUAUUUGUAGCAUUCAUUUAAUGGUUAUUUUCAAUUAUUUUAUCUUAAAUCAUUCAUAAAUUGAUUUACAUAUUGUAAAUAUUAAAAAUAAUUUAUUUAUUAUGAUUACAGUUAUGGUCACUGAUGGUGUAGUGGUACACUCGCUUGACUUUGGUGCGGGCAGCGUGGGUUCAGUUCCCACUCAGUGACGGUGUGAAUGUGAGUGCGAAUGGUUGUCCUUGUCUAUAUGUGCCCUGCGACUGACUGGCGACCAGUUCAGGGUGUAGUCUGCCUUUCGCCCGAAGUCAGCUGGGAUAGGCUCCAGCCCCCCGCGACCCUAACCAGGAUAACCGGUGUUGAAAAUGAAUGAAUGAAUGAUUACAGUUAUACCUGUUUUUUUAUUGGCAUUACAAUAAAUUGACUUAUUAUUUAAUGACAUUUUAUUAUCAAAAUAAACUUUUAUAUGUACUGUAUGCUUCACCUGGUAUUUAACACCUCAUUUAGGAAUGAGCUGGUCCAUUUAUCCUUUUAAAAAAUUAAAUGCCCACCCCUGCGUUAGUAAUGUCUCGCUGCUGACCAAACAAGCAACUGUAGAAGAAGAGAGAAUGUAUUUUAUUGUUUGUCACACGCUAUCUUAAGGCUCUCUAGGCACCUUUGUGUUAGCAUAUUUUCUCCUUUUUAAAUUUUUUAUUAUUAUUUUCAAGCGGCACGGUGGACGACUGGUUAGGACAUCUGCCAGAGUCCUGAGGACCGGGGUUAAUCCCGGCUCCGCCUGUGUUGAGUUUGCGUGUUCUUCCUGUGCCUGUCUGGGUUUUUUCCGGGCACUCCGGUUUCUUCCGACAUCCCCAAACAUGCAUUAAUUGAAGACUCUAAAUUGCUUGUAGGUGUGAAUGUGAGUGCGAGUGGGUUUUUUUUUCUAUGUGCCCUGCGAUUGGCUGGCGACUGGUUCAGGGUGUACCCCUCCUUUCGCUGGGAUAGGCUCCGGCAUGCCCGCGACCCUAGUGAGGAUAAGCGGAACGGAAGAUGAAUGAAUGAAAUUAUUAUUUUCCCUUGUAACGUCAGUUAGACGGGUGAGAAUACCAGGGGUCUGGGGUGUCCACCACCAGAGAAAACAAAUGACUAUUGCAUAGAGGCAGGAAACCCCGCCCCGGUCCCUCAUUGGCUGGCUGUGCACGCUACAGUAGUGGCAUAACUUAUUGACUUGUUUUGUAACAAAAAAACAAAAAAAAUUACUAAUUUUCAAAUAAAGACGCUUUGAUAUGA